AUGCAGCCCGGAUAUCAAAUACAACUUCACGGCUUCUGCGAUGCUAGUGUCAAGGCAAUGGCUGCAGCACUCUAUUUGGCAACAAACCACAAUGGCAAUAUCAUUAGUCACAUUAUCGCAUCAAAAACUAAAGUGGCACCAUUACAUUCGGUAACAGUACCCCGAUUGGAACUUUGUGCUGCGCAAUUGUUGGCUACUCUUUUACACGAAACAAGGCAGGCUUUGCAUUUGGAGCACGUACCAUACACUCUAUACUCCGACUCAAAUAUUGCUCUAUGUUGGCUACGCAAAAACACAUCACAAUUAAAGCAGUACGUUGCUAAUCGCGUUGGCUGCAUUCAAUCGAUGACAGAUAUCAGGCAUUGGCAUCACAUUCCUACCAAACUCAACCCAGCUGAUUGCGCCAGUUGUGGCAUAUCCCCUUUGGCGUUGCAUAACUACGCAUUAUGA